UAUCCUUUUUGCCACAACUCACAAGUAAAACAAACAGAGAGACUAUGGAUAUCCUCACCAUCAUCUUGACCUUCAUAGCCUUCUCACUAUUCCUUCUCUUCCUAAACAUUUCUAUUAUCGCACUCAAAGUUUUCACCGGACAAUCAAUCAAGAACCCAAACUACCCGCCUGUACAUGGCACUGUCUUCCACGAGCUCUUCUACUACAGAAAACUCUGGGAUUACUAUACCGAGACUGCAAAGAAACACCGAACCUUUCGAGUCCUUGGUCCGGGACAAAGCUACACAUACACGACAGAUAUACGAAACAUCGAGCAUAUCUUAAAAACCAAUUUCGAUAAGUAUUGUAAAGGAAAGUAUAAUCAGGAUAUUGUGGUUGAUCUUUUUGGGCAGGGGAUAUUUGCUGUGGACGGUGACAAGUGGCGGCAGCAGAGGAAGCUUGCGAGCUUUGAGUUCUCCACAAGAGUGCUUAGAGAUUAUAGUUUUGCUGUGUUUAGGAGAAACGCUACUAAGCUGGUUAGAGUUGUUCACAAGUUAUCAGAUGAUGGUCAGGCUUUUGAUAUGCAAGACAUACUAAUGAGAUGCACUUUGGAUUCAAUUUUCAAAGUUGGGUUUGGGGUAGAAUUGAAUUGCUUGGAGGGGUCAAGCAAGGAGGGAACUGCAUUCAUGAAGGCAUUUGAUGAUUCAAAUGCCUUGGUCUAUUGGCGCUAUGUUGAUCCAUUCUGGAAGCUGAAGAGGUUUCUUAAUAUUGGCUACGAAGCUGCCCUUAAGAAGAAAAUCAAAAUCCUUGAUGCUUUUGUGAAUGGAGUGAUUAGGACCAAGAGGGAACUGCUAGAAGUGAAACAAGAUUGCAAUGACAAGGAGGAUAUACUUUCAAGGUUUCUGGUGGAGAGCAAAAGGAAUCCAAACAAAAUGAAUGAUCAAUAUCUAAGGGACAUAAUUUUGAAUUUUAUGAUCGCAGGCAAAGAUACAAGUGCAAGCACUCUCUCAUGGUUCCUCUGUAUGCUCUGCAAGAACCCUCUAAUACAGGAAAAAGUUGCGCAAGAAGUGGAAGACAUCACCGGUAGUCAAGACAAUGGAGCUAACCUUGAUGAUUUCAUGGCAAAUAUAACUAAUGCAACACUAGAUCAAAUGCAUUAUCUUCAUGCGGCAUUGACUGAGACCUUGAGGCUAUACCCUGCAGUUCCCUUCGAUGGGAGGUGUGCAAACAUGGAUGACAUUCUUCCUGACGGGUAUAGAGUGAAGAAAGGGGAUGGGGUAUACUACAUGGCUUAUGCCAUGGGCAGGAUGCCUUAUAUUUGGGGAGAAGAUGCGGAGGAAUUUCGUCCUGAAAGAUGGCUAAAGAAUGGAAUCUUUCAAUCUGAAUCACCAUUCAAAUUUGUAGCAUUUCAUGCCGGACCACAGAUUUGUCUAGGGAAAGACUUUGCUUACAUGCAGAUGAAAAUAGUCUCAAUUGCUCUUCUCCACUUCUUCCGAUUUAAACUAGCUGAUGAUACGAAAAAUAUAACUUACAAGACAAUGUUCACACUUCAUAUUGAUGGAGGCCUCCAUCUUUGUGCAACUUUAAGGACACCAUCAUAAACUCUAAUGGAGACGCUUGGAUUGAUUUAGAGGUGAUCGGUGAUGGAAAAUUUUAGCUUUUCAGUGCUUUCUUCUUGAUUUUAGUUUGUCUCUUAUUUCGUGUUAGUUUGAGUGGAUUGUGUAUCUUACUGUUGUUGUGACGUCUUAGUCUAGUGUUCUUGUGAACAAUUGUUUGCUGCUGGUUGUACUUGUUGCAAGAUAUUUUCUUUGGUUUGAAUAAGCUCCAGGUUGAUCAGAAAAAAAUUUAAUAAUUGAAUUUUGUAAAGAAAACAUUUCAACUUAUUUAACUACCAUCAAU